AUGCCCCUGAAAGAGGUGAUUGAUCUCACCUCUGAUCACGAGGAUAGCAGUUCCCAAGGUGCACUGCAGCGCGACUGGCCUUCCGAUGAGGACAUAUCCUUCUCACUUUUCUCUCACUUUUCUCUCACCUUCAUUUAUACGGACAUGGAACCCAACCGUGACAAGAAAGUCGAGGAUCUUGCAGACGAGAAAGCCCUCCGCAUCGGACUCAUUCUCCUGUAUAACAAGAUCACGGGAAUGAGCGAGCUACACUUCAAGCGAUCUGUGCACAUUGAGUACUCGCAGGUCCCUAGCAUCCUUGAUCUGUUGUGA